UCCACAUCCACAUCCACAUCCACCGACCAGGCCCUCUAUUCAGUCAUCUUCCUUGUCGCCGUAACCAGGGCAAAGUCAUCGUCAACACGAGCUCCACGGUCCAGCGGGGGGGUCGCCGCACUGUCGCAAAAAAGAACCGGAACCUGGACAGCCCAACCACGCGAUUCGCUUUUCGAUCACCGAUCCCGUUCAAUCCGCGCCCGCCGCGCCGCCCGCACUGCGCGCGCAGUGUUGCAUCCCUUCCCCCCUCCCUCGGGCCGCCGAGGCAAGGCGUACGGAGGAUUCCUGGUGUGCGGUCUGCUCUGCUCUGCCUGGGCUUGCCAAAUUGUUGUUUUGUGCCGAUUCCCUGCACAAUUGCUCGCCCUAUUUCUGCUCUUCUCUCCCUCUCCCCCCCCUCCAUCCACUCUUCCCUCUUGUCAACUGCACUUGGUUGCUCGCCGGAUCCGCCGGAUGAGCUUCUUUUCUCUUUGUUAUUUUGCCGCCGCGUGAGCUGAGAAGACGGAAUAAAAGCAAGAAAAAGACGAAGAGAAGGAUAAGAAGCUUCCCCCAAGAAGGUUCACCAUGUCGUCCAAGUACAAGGGCAAGGACAGCGGCGUCGCGUUGGUCUUCAAUGGCCAAUGGGUCAGCUGGUUGCACACCACCGUAGCUUACAGUGCAUUCAUCAGCGCAUUCAUCGUCGGUGUUUCGCUGCACUACCACAAGAUUGUCCAGAAUGAGUGGUACGGAUACCCCGAAGAGUGGUUUCCCUCCGUCUCGGCGACCAUUGGCGACCGAUACCCCGAGCGGUCUUUCUACAUGUUCUUCAUCGCCAUCACCUCAGGCCCGCGCUUCGCUCUCGUCGGCCUGUGGUAUCUCCUGACGAGGAGACCCGGCCAGACGCUGCCCAAGUUCACCUUCGCAAUGGGCAUCCUGCGCACCGUCAUGUGCGGCGGGUUCACCUACGUCACCUCGACCGACGACCACGACUGGCACGACAUCUUCAUGAUCUCCUACAUUGUCGCAUCUCUGCCCUGGACCAUUGGCUGCGUUCUGCUGAGCCCGCCGAACCCCCAGGCGAUCAAGUACCGCAAAUGGAUUGCUUCGUCCUUCUUCGGAACUCUGGUGCCCUUGAUCUACUUCUUCAUCCAACAUAAGGUUCACCGCGUCGCCGGAGCCUACACCAUCUACGCCUUCUUCGAAUGGGCCCUCAUCCUCUUCGAUGUCGCCUUUGACGCCGUCACGGCCCUCGACUUCAGCACUUUCGAAGUGGUCAUCAAGGAUGUCCGGGGAGCAAGCAAGGGUGAAAACCGGUCCUCAGUUCCGUCUGCCGUUUUGGAGAAGGAGAAGGAAAAGGCCACGGCCGGGGUUUUGACCGGUCCCUUCACGUGGGCGGGUGCCCUUGACACCGCCGCCGAUGUUUACCACGGUUUCAUCUUCUGGACCAUGCUGACCGGCCUCGGCGUGUGCGUGUGGUACUUCCCGCUGUGGCACAUGGGCAUUUCGGGAUACGAGGCCUUCGUCAUGUCCACCAUUCUGCCCGCCGUCCUGGGAAUCCGCGGAAUCCGGUCCCUUGUCGUCAGCAACCAGCGGGCCGUUCACCUCGUCUCGCUGGUCGGUCUGCUGGCAUAUCAAGUAACCGACCCUGCCUACCGUCUCUUCACUGUGGGCUUCGCCGUCGCCACGUCCUGCCUCGCCUGGACCGCCACGCUAUGGUCCGAGAGAGCGCACCAGAGCCGCCUAGAGUCCAAGAUUCUGGCGUGGACCAUCGGUCUUAUUGCCUCGUCCACGGCCAAGUUUAUCUGGUGGACCAACAACCCCCUAUGGCCCGUCAUGCACGCCGCCAACGGGGGCUGGAAUGCGACAGGCUUUGCCAUCGCCGUUGUCGCCGCCCUGCGCUUUACUAGGAGGACGCCCCUGACUGCCGGCGACUACCCCGAGGACUCUCAGAAGCGCGGCUCGUCUCUCCUCGCCGCCUUUGGUGUCGGUGGUCUGUUCUUCGGCAUGCAUUCCCUGCUCUCCGAUACGAGCACCAUGAUUCUCUGGGUCUGGGACGGCUACCCGAUCCGGGGACCUACAUCCAACACGUACGGCUGGAUGACUGCCGUCGCCAUGACUGCUGGUCUCCUGAUGGGCCUGUACCGGCCUGCUGUCAUGAGCUCGUGGACUGCCUACGGCAUCGGCUGUGUUGGCGCCGCCGUCUUGACAUCUUACCACCACUGGUUCGGCUACUACGGCGCGCUGACGACUGCGGUCUACCUCAUGGGCCUUUCCGUUCCGUUUCUCUCCAACGCGGCCAAGAGAAGCCCAGGAACGACGUUUGGUCUCGGGUUCUUCAUCUACAACGUCAUGGUCCUGUUCCACGUCUGGGUUGUCGCCUACGCCUUCGUCCCCGGUGGCCCUCUUGUGCGCGAGCACACUGACUGGGUCAUGAUCACGACUUUCCUCCUGAUCGGCGCCGGCGUCUUCGACCUGACCUCGUCGCAAGCCCGCCGCCGCGAGACCCGUCGUUCAUCUCCGUCGCAGCAUAAGAAGUAUCACACGGUCGCGGCCGCCUUCGUCAACGUUGUCUUCCUCGCCGCGGCAUUCAUGCGGUUCCCCACGAACGACUACAAGCCCUACCAUGCGGAGGACCGCAUUAUGACGGCCGGCAUCUGGACGAUCCACUUCUCGCUGGACAACGACAUGUGGUCAUCCGAGUACCGCAUGCGCGAUCUGAUCAAGGAGUUGGAGCUGGACGUGGUCGGUCUCCUCGAGUCGGACCUUCAACGUAUCAUCAUGGGCAACCGCGACACGACGCAGUUCCUCGCCGAGGACCUCGGCAUGUACGUCGACUACGGCCCGGGCCCGAACAAGCACACGUGGGGCUCGGCGCUGCUUUCCAAAUUCCCGAUCCUCAAGUCGACGCACCACCUCCUGCCGAGCCCCGUCGGCGAGCUGGCGCCGGCCAUCGCCGCGACCCUGGACGUGUACGGGCAGGAAGUGGACGUAUUCGUGUUCCACUCGGGCCAGGAGGAGGACCCCGAAGACCGGCGGCUGCAGACGGAGUACCUCUCGAAGCUCAUGGGCGAGUCCAAGAACCCGUCGGUGCUGCUGUCGUACCUCGUGACGAAGCCUCUGGAGGGCAACUACAACACGUAUGUCAGCAGCACGUCGGGGAUGCACGAUGUGGACCCGAGCGACUGGGACCGGUGGUGCGAGUACAUCCUUUACAAGGGCCUCAAGCGCACGGGGUACGCGCGCGUCAGCCGCAGCACCAUCACGGAUACGGAGCUGCAAGUGGCCAAGUUUGUGAUCCCGCAGACCAAGGAGGAGGUGCAGCGGAUCGAGGCGGUGGACGACGAGACGCGCAACAAACGCGUGGCGGAGGAGGAGGUGCCGCAGGGCUGGCGGUUCCCGGGCAUGUUCCGGGGCCAAGGCGUGCGCGACCACCGGUACCACGUUUUCAGCGAGCCGAGAUACUACAAUCACUGAGUUAUGGAAUAUGAGUUUAUGGGGUAUUAUGUGGCAUGGGGUUUAGGGGUUUGGGGGUUAUGGAGGGGAGUAUACGUG